ACCAAACUCACUCGACCUGUUCAUCGAAACGAAAGACAUUAAAAGUAUCGAAGACAUUGUGAACAUCUGAUAGGCAUUAAGAUGAAAUCCACUUGGAUAUAUCUUCUGCUUAUUGUAACAGCUCUCGCCAAAAGCGAAGAAUCAUUAUCAGUUGACCAGGAAUCUGAAGGUUCAGAGAAAAAAUCAAUACCCAACCAUCGAGACGAAUAUGCAGAUGAGGAGGAUUCAAGUGACAAGGAGUUAUUUAUUCUCCCUCCUAUAAUUGCCAUAGAUGUAGGAAGUUUGGAAAACAAUACAUCACCACAAGAAAAAUCCAAACGUACAAUUGAAGGGAGUUUAGGAAAUGGAUACUUACAAAAUAGUUUAUUUGAUGGAAAGUAUAAAUAUUUUUUCCCUGGGAGUCAAACAGGAAACACAGUCACUAUUGAAGAAUCAAUAAGUCCAUUCGAACCACAAACGAUAAUAGAAACUGAAAAACCAGUUACAGAAAAAUCUGCCAAUGGUGCUAAUCAUCAAUUAUAUCCAUCAAAGCCCCAAAUGAAUGUAGUAAAUCAGCCGGUUGCUCAACCGUGGACAGCUCCUUUUCCACGAAAUCAACCAAUAUUUGGUCAACGAACGAAACUACGCAAAUAUACACCUUCAGAUUAUUCUCAGAGAUACACAACGACAAUAAAAUCAAACAUAGCUUACACAACAGUAAGACCAGACUUUAAUAAUCAAAACCAAAAUGAUUUCACGACUGUAAAUUCUGUCUAUUCGAAUCAAUAUUCAGACUACUCAACCACACCAACAUAUAAUAGUGAAUAUGUGGCAGGAUUAAAUCCACCCGGAUCGUCUUUUGAGACCCUUACAACACCUAACCCUCUAUCUGAUGACCCAUCAUUAUUUAAUAUUCCUCGUUACACAGUAGAAAAUGGCAUUAAAUAUGAGAAUAAGAUCGUUUGGAAGUAUCCUGAUGGAAGGAUUGCAAACCCUCCUGCUACUUCAUACAUAAAUUCGUACAGUCAAUAUUCAGGACCACAACAGACUAAAAUUAAUCACCAAUCUACAUUCCAAAGCUCUUCAAAUCCAUCUAAUUCGCCAAAUCUCCGUUAUCCUGCUGAAAAUUAUCGACCAACUUCAGGAUUUAAAAAUACUGCGUAUCAGGAUAAUAAAAAUACAAGAUAUCCUAUUGAUCAGAAACAGAAUAUUUACUCACAAAAACCAGCACAAUUUCCUAUGGAUCAAGGAACAUUUUCUGCUCGUCCAGGAGGCAAUUCUCAAUCUUCAGCUUUUGAUUUAUCUUAUCAAGCUAAUUAUGGGUUUAGACAAAGAGAUAAUGUUAAAGGACCGAACAGAUUUCAAGAAAAUCGUUUAUCUGUACCUAAAUAUUCUGUUAAUAGUCCUAAUCCUGAGUACACUUUUCCACCAGUUACUCAAGCUGAAACUACACCAACACCAAAUACAUUUGCUCAAAAAACUCAACUAACUCCAGAAACUCUUUCUAAAUAUUCACCACAAGCUCAAAAAUAUCUAACAAAAGUAUUGAAUAGUCAAAAAAAUAAACAAGCCAAUGGAAAUACUGAAUCAUUUAUUGAGAAGAACUAUGAAAGUCUAUUAAAUUAUAAUCCUUCUAUUUCACAGUAUAUCAAAGACCCUUCAUCUAUUCUUCAUGCUACUCCAACAUUCAUUCAAGCUGGUGACUCGUUGGUACCUGUAAUUAUCCUGAGACUGGAUGGAGCACGUCCAGUUACUCCUCAACCUACACCAAAUAUUAAUUUAAAAGCAUUGCUUCAACAAUAUCUCACUCAGUACGUCGGAAAGGCUGCAGGCCAAAAUGUAAAUUACAAUCAAGACGAUCAAUCGAAAUUUAGUCCAAUUGAGGAUUUAACUUAUCUCACGCAAGCUUUGAAACGAUUCUCUCCAAGUGCUAAGAAUAAUAAUGCUAAUAGUAAUCACAACAGGAAUUUAAAUAUUCAAAGUAUUGCUAAUCUUCCACUUGAGUAUGAAACUGUCCAGUAUAAUAGCCAGAAGACAAGUUAUGACACUUUAACGAGCACAGAAAAUCAAUUUAGUUCAGAUAAUCCAACAAGAUUUAAAUAUCCUGGUUUGAAACCAAAACUAAAACCGAAGGUGAAAAGUGUACAGAUCAUCGAAGAUCAGCCAUCGUCAGAUUACAAGGAACCAUCUCAGGAGUAAUUAAAUUUUUUCUUCAACCAGGAACUGGCAGGAAAAAUUCAAGUGCCAUUGGAGUAACAAUUUUACGUAAAUAUCCAAACAAUAGUAUGAGCUUGAAUAAAUUGUUUGAUAUCACUUUUAUUAUAAUAUUUAAUUAUCAUGGGAGAUGUGCAAUAUAAACAAAUA